AUGGCAUCAUCCAGUAAACUUGAUCUGUCUUCUAGCAGCCCUGAUAGGUCACUAUAUGGCAGUGGGUCGCGUGGAUCCCACAUAGCAACUCCAAUGGAGAGGUCAGGCAGCUUUCGUGAGAGCAUGGAGAAUUCAAUGUCAAGGAACAGUUCUUCAACACCACAGGCGGAAGUUAUGAAUUUCUUCCAAUACUUACCAUUUGAUUCGAAAUUGAUGGCUGCGGAUUAUAGGUCUAAUAAACACGGUGACUUAAAACGAGAAGAGAUCUCGUCCGAUGUUUUUUCCAAUGAUCGCUCUGGUGCCAUGAUAUCAAGUGACCGAUCUAUGGUUGGAUCGGGCCUUGCUAAGAUAGGAACCCAAAAUAAUGCCAGCACUGGUGCUUUUGAGCUUGGCCAGCAAAAGUCUGAGGACCGAACUAAAGGCUCAGUUCCAAAUAAACGCACUCGGACCUCAUUAAUGGAUGCAAAGACGGAUGCACGGGCUAAUACAUCAGUAAGGACAUCUGGGCCUGCUGAUAGGGAAAGGGAACUGCCUAAGCUAGCAAAUAGUGGUGCCCCUCAGUGUGAGGAAAGGACACGGUCAAUCGGCGUUGAUGGUUGGGAAAAGUCUAAAAUGAAGAAGAAACGAUCUGGAAUAAAGUCGGAUUAUCCCCCAGGUGUAUCCUCCGCUAAACCUGCCGAUGGUUACCGGGAUUCCAAGCAAGGAAUGCAGCAAAGAUCUGUUAACGAUGCCCGACCAAAGUUGAAUAAUGAGUCAAAUGAGCUCAGGCCAGGAGUUGGUAAUGGAUCCCCUGGAGUUGGAAAAGCAGAAGCUAUCUCUCAAAAUAGCUUCUGUGCACGUACUUCAUUACCUAAGGCUGACCUGGACAGCAGUUCCCGUGACAAGAAAGAUCGUCCUAUCUCAGACAAGGAACGGAUAAAUCUCAAAGCUGUUAAUAAGACAAAUGCCCGUGAUGAUUUAACUUCUGCAAGUCCUACAUCUAGCACAAGAAUGACUGCAUCUGUUAGAGGUCCAAGAUCAAGUUCUGGCGUUGCGCCUAAGUUGUCCCCAGUUGUCAACAGUCCAACUGUGUCUAAUGAUUGGGAGAUCCCCAAUUGUACAACCAAGUCUUCUGUUGCUGUCGGGGCACAAAGUCGCAAACGCACAGCAUCAGGGCGAUCUUCUUCUCCACCUGUUGCUUGCUGGCCAAGGCCUCAGAAAAUUCCCCGAACUGCUAGGAGAAGAAAUUUUGUUCCAUCUGUUCCCAGUAAUGACGAAACCUCUCCUAUGGAUACCAGUUCUGAUGUUGUGGGAAAUGAAGUUGGAUUGGGGUUUCCCAGACGUAUGCCAAGCAGUUCUCCUCAGCCUGUUAGAUUGAAAGCUGACCCAUUAUCUUCCACCCCGUUAUCAGAAGGCGAGGACAUGGGGGCUGCUGAAUUUAAAUCAAGGGAUAAAACCAAGAAGUCUGAUGAAGUGGAUGAGAAAUCUGGCCAUUCUGUACAGAAGAUUUCUACUUUGGUAUCAUCAUCAAGGAAGAAUAAGUUAAUUCCAAGGGAGGACUUAGGAGAUGGUGUCCGAAGGCAAGGGAGGAGUGGGCGCGGUUUUACUUCCUCCAGAUCGCUCUUGCCAGUAUCAAGUGAGAAACUUGGCAAUGAGGACACUGCACAACCUCUUAAAAGUGCCAAACUUGGUUUGGACAGAACUGAAAGCAAAGCUGGCCGUCCAACGUCUAGGAAACUUUCUGACAGAAAGGCCUAUACUCGUCAACGGCAUCAAUCAGUCAAUGUGGCUGCAGAUUUUCUGGUUGGCUCCGAUGAUGGGCAUGAAGAGCUAUUGGCUGCUGCCAAUGCUGUCGUUAAUCCAUGUAUGUGUUCAAAGAAUUCUGCAUUCCCUUCAAUUUCUGCCUCAUGUGGUCCCGAGCGAGUUUUGAUGCAAAUGGAAGCGGUCUUUGGUUUUAUAUUUGAUGAAGACAUCGCUUAUUUGAAGCAACAGGCAUUUCUCUUUCUUGCCUCUUCUGGAAAACUUAUUAAGUUGCUAUUAUUUGACUGA